AUGAACCCUAUUCGCAUCUGUUCAUGGAAUAUAAAUGGGUUGCGUUCUAUUCAGCAUUCGUUGAAAAGCAUUUUAGAUUCUCUCUCAUCUGAUGUAAUUUGUAUCCAGGAGACCAAGACCACGCCUGAUAUAAGUAGCGACUUUGCAUAUGCGGAUAACUACAAUGGUUAUUUCAGUCACAGUAUACACAAGACAGGAUACUCAGGAACUGCAAUUUUUUGUCGCAAUCCUCUUAAACCAACCAAAACAUACCAUAACCUAAAUGAUAUUCUCGUCGAAUCCACAUUUUGUAAAGACAAUUCUAUGGAUGGGUUGAAUUUCCUUAAGAAUAUGCUGAAUAUUUCUUAUGCAGAAGCUCGUAAUUUGGAUGCAGAAGGAAGAGUAUUGGGUCUUCAAUUUUCGAGUGAUAUGUUUACCACCUCUCGAACUGCAAAUGAAAUCCGACCGCUAGUUGUAUUGUCCAUAUAUUUUCCCAGAUUAGAUUCAGAAAAUGUUGAACGUUUGAAUUACAAACAUCUUUUCCAUUAUGCUGUACAACAUUGCAUUGAAUCACUUCUAACAGAAAAUAAUGUAGUUAUUGCUGGUGACUUUAAUAUUUGUCACAAAAUAAUCGAUCACUGCGCUCCAAAUGAACUUAUCAUUGAUAAGUCUUCGAAACCUUUUCGCGAAUGGUUUGAUCAGUUGUUGGUUGAAGAACAAAAAGAUGAGAGUCUUAAUACUGAAGACAGCGUUGGUUUAAGAAGAUUCGUAGAUAUUUUCAGGUUACUGCAUCCUCAUCGGAAAAAUGCUUUCACAUGUUGGUCAUCACGUACAAGUGCUCGUCAAACAAAUUAUGGAGUCAGAUUAGAUUAUAUUUUAUUCGACUUGAAACUUGUGGAAAUGAUCACCACAUCAGACAAUAAUAUACAAGCAGACUUGAUGUUACACAUAGAUGGAUCUGAUCAUUGUCCAAUAUAUACAGAUCUACCAUAUUUUUAUAAUUCAGAUUUGAUUUUUUCUAACUCAUUUCCACCCAAAUGUUCUCAUUACUGGCCUCAAUGUCGAAGAAAGCAAAUGGAUUUGGAGAGUUUUGUAAUUUCAAAUAGUCAUUCCGAAGUGACUAAACAAGCUUGCACUUCAAACGCACCAGCUUCUAUAACAUGUGUAAAAAAUUCACGCACCAAAGAAAAACGUCCCGUCUUCAGACAAACGAAAAUCACUUUCAAGAGUAAGUUGGUCUAA